AUAGUGCUGCAAGCCUGCAGGCUUAUAAGGAGACAGACACGCACACUCGAUAGUGUCCUCCUUGAGAUCAACAGCGCCACCACCACCAGAGAAGCACAGUAGAGAUGAGACUUUACCUCGCAUUAGCCGUGCUCCUGCUAGCAUUGCUUGCAUACACUGAGGCUCAGGAUGAUACAAUGCAGCAGAAGUUCUCUAAUGUCGGUGAUCAGAUAACCGAGUUUGGCCAAAGCAUUGCCGAGAAGACCAAGAAAGCCUUCCAGACGAUUCAAGACAGCGAUUUUGCCGUCGCUACUCGGGACUUUUUUAGGAAUGGCUUCGAGAAGCUGAAGAAACAGGUGGAGGACAUCAGCAACCCCUGAAGUAAACAGUCCCUCCUCACAACGUGUUCACAUGACUCUUAUUGUGCUACAAGUGUAAGGCCGCAGGAGAAAAGGGGGAAAAAAGCAUUGUACACAUUUACCAAAAAGGAAAAUCAGUGUUACCUACAAGUCAUUUUAACGAUUGUGUACACCCAAAAAAAUAUGAAUACAAUAAACAGCUCCCUUGGUCUCA